UUAAUCACACGACACCAUCAGGCAUAUAAAACCUGCAAAAGUAGUUGGGUGACACUUUUCGCGACGUUAAUUCCUGAUCCAAACAGAACUGGCUGGUGUUAGCGAUGGCGAAGGCAGAAUCGAUACAUAAUGGAAUAAAAACAGACGCAACCGAUGAUGUGGAAAAAUCGCUCGAACUGCUCGAUAAGGUCCUGUCGGAGUUCGAAGAGGAACCGGACCGGACAAACCAUCACCACAACCAUCAUCAUCACCAUCAUCACCCGGCGGUGGAACCGGACAGCCCGUCGCAGGGCCACCAAUCCGAGGACGAUGGUUACAUGAGCAUGAACGGAAGAAGGGCCAAAUUUGUACCUGAUUUUCAACCGACAGACGAGGCCACUGCACCGACGCAUCCACAAGUGCUACAGCUACACCAACCAUCCCAUCACCAGCAACCGCAGCAGCAACAUUCGCUUCCGGUACCGACGGACGAAUCGUACUCGCCUCCAUCGCCCGAGGAAGCGGAGCGAAUCAUUUCCAAUUUGCUACCAAGAAUUUCACCCAACACAUCGCCGAAACGGCGACUCGCGGCAGAAAAUGGUCAAACGGAGUGGCGCAGCAGGAAUCAAUCGAUUCGCACCUCGGACGCGAUCAGCAUCGGCGACAGUGACACUUCCGGUGACAACAAACCGUCCUCGCACGACGAAACCAUCAUCACGACGAAAAGUCCAACACAAACAACACUGCCAAAGACGCGUCCACCGAAUGCGAUGCCCCAGCGUUACGCAAGUCUUCCAUGCUCGAGUCCACCCAAGUUGCAGGAUUUGUCCGGAUCAAACGAUACCGCUGGCGGAAGUCUCGACGGUGGCCGGAACAAGCUCGGUAUCGGUAUCAGUGCCGUGCACGAUGCGGUUCUACGGGGGAUGGCUCGAUUGCCUGAACCGAUUCUUAACGAGCACCCCGUAACAAUCUAUCCUGGCCGGGCGUCACCGACACGUCGCAUGCCACCGCGUACCCUGUCCGGUUCGAUGGAACGCCAUCGGUUUCCAACGUCAGAUAACUCCACCUCCACAUCGCAGGAAAACUCCUCGCCGGAAAACAACGAGUCCGAGUACAACGAAUCGUCCCUAUCGCCCACCCACGGUCACCUGCAACCGCUGCAAGGUGGCACGCCCGUCACCUCACUGUUGAGCCGAAUAUUUCACCAAAAUGCGACCGGUCCUCCUCCGUCUUCUUCCGCAGCCGCUCAACACCAUCUGCACCAUGGUGCGACCCAUCGUGGCCAUCGUAAUCCUCACGGGCCAGGUGUCAUUCCGGGGCUACCCUCAAGAACCGCUGGACGACCGGACAGUGACGAUGAGCGGUUUUCCGAUGACUCGCUAGAGGAAUCCUCACUUCCACCACCUCCCGGUCCACCGACCGUACCACCACCGCCGUCCCUAUCCGCACCGGUAACACCGUCGAAGCGGCACAGCAUUGCCUGGGAGGUGAAUCUUGACGAUCCGGCCAGCUUCGGUGAUCCUCUCAUCAUCACACCGAAAAGCUCUACCGCGGUCAGCUCGAAGGUGAUUGGCCGACGGAAACCUGGGCCCAAGCACGCAACCAGUUCGCAGUCGAGUUUAGAAUCAACGCCAAGCAACGUCAAGAGCGAAUCGAACGAAUGGCCCGACCCGCCGGACAUACCCAUCUGCAGUACCGAGGAUGAAGCGGCCUCCAUUUAUUCCGAUUCCGACGACCUCAUCCCACAUAUCCCGGACAUUAACGGGCGCGGCACGUACAUCAUACGCAAGGGACGCCGGCAACGGCAACGUUUGGCCAGUCUCGAAUCGGAAGCCAGCAACAACGGUAUUCUCGCCGGACCCGAUACGACCCCGAGUUCACAGCGUCCGGAUUCGCUCGGCGAUGAUCACAUCCUGCGCGGUCUUCCCAGUCCGGUCUUUCCGGCAUCGAUGAUCACGCCCAAAUCACGCCACAGCAUCGAUCUGGGUUUGUCUGCAGCGAAGACCGCCACCGUCGCCGCCAACGUAGCGCUUCUCAAAUCGUCCCCAUCGGUACCCCAAAAGUUACUACCCAACGCCGUACUUUCCCCCAGGUCACGAUUAUCAUUAGACUUAAGUUCACCUACUACCUCAGAGCUUUCAACUAAUGUUAUAAAGAUCACCACCCCGACCGGAAGCUAUCCUUCGCCAGUAUCGGCACACCAUCACGCCUCCUCACCACUCGGUACACCGACCGCACCACUCCUACACCACGGACCCGCCCUGAACGGGCUCAUCAACAACGGUCCGCUAGUGGUCGGUGUUGGUGGCAGCAACAGCCUGAGCAAAAGCGCCAAAGCACCGACGACGGUUGUCAACGUUAGCAGCAAUGGCGGUGCCGCCAGCACCAGCAUUGUCAACGUCGGUUCCGGACCCUCUGGCGCCAAUCAACCGCAAUCAGCCGCACCAUCGCAACCGGUCGUUUCGGCCCGGUACACCGAGUUCAAGACGUACAGUUCCACGUUCGAUGCGCUCCAGGCACUGGACAACUCGGCCAGCGGUGCAAACGGUGGAAACGGUUCCGCUGGAAGCACAUCGACCGGUACGCAUCUGAACGGUUGCGGAUCGGGCGCACCGACCGCCGGUGGUUCCGACAAUCCGUUGCUACGCGUUUCCUCGCUGCCUACCAUCACCCCGUCACCGCUAACAUCCUCCGCAACAGCCGAAGGUUUAGCGACACCGCGACGGGAGCUGGCCCCGCCAAUCGAGGAGGACGAAGAGGCGGACAGCGACACACAACGAGGGGCUCCGUUGCGCAAGAUAGAAGAUAACAUUAGUGCUUUAUUACGUGGUGAUAUAUCCGUUGCUAGAGUAGCCGACAUACCUCCAGCAAGACGUCCACUAGGUUUUCGUCUAGGUGUUCAUAAAUCAGAAAGUGCCAAAGAAAUGUUGCUGUCGCAGGCAGGCCUCGGACCGUUGCCACCAUCGCCGCCAUCAUCCAGCCCGGAACCGCAGGAUAGUGAUGAGUUCCCACCAUUGCCUCCAUCCCCGACGGAAGAACCAGAGGUCAUGCAUCAGAUGCACGGUAUUCGCAUCAGUUCCCGCAACCGUGGUAGCAACGGUGCUCCCAACGGUUCCAACAAGCACGAUCAGCUAAUACACGGCUACCGAGAGGAACAUCCGCCUGCUAUUCCACCACACCGUGGACCAUCGAUAAAUACGCUUAAAACAAGAUCGAUGGAUGCCGGGUUCAGUAAAUCGUACCGUAACGGAUCGUUCGGUUCGUCGACGUCCCCGCACGCCCCCGGUACACUUCCUCCCGAUUUGCCCGGAUGCAACUCGCGACGAAGAGUCAUCACCGGCGGCUACCAGAAGCGCACCGCACAAAGUCCCCGAGAGGAAAGAUCACUGCAAACUUCUUGCAGCCUACCGGAGACGCCCAUCUUUGCCCGAGGCUGUGACAUACCAAGAACACCACAUCGACGCGCUCCAGAAGUUCCACCGCACGGUAGCGGAAGUCGCACGGCACCCAGAACAAACUCCACCACCAGUAGUCUCGGAUCGUCCGUCGUCGGUAUCAGUGCCUCGACCACGAUCGGCAGUCGACAGCGCAGCAUCAGCCAAGCGCUCGCCAACGGGGAGAUGCUGCGGCUGGCCGGCGGUCCCGCCCGGGGCUGGUACCCGAAGCAGCGCCACCCGAGACCGGCCUCCACCGAGAACCUGGACCGGCUACAUCCGCAGGGAUCGCUGCGCGCCUGGGAGGCAGCGGGUACGGGUAGCCGCAAACCGCUCACCCUACCACCAAAUCUUACACCCAAAUUUUUCAACAAGUCACCGCGUGAGGCACUGCGCCGGGUUACUAGUUUGCUCAUACGCAAAGGCAAUUCCGGAACGAAGGAAAAGGAACCGAAAAAGGACAAGGACAAGGAGCAGCCGCCGCAUCAUCAUUCGCAACAUCCGCAGCAGUAUCACUAUCAGCAGCAGCAGCAGCAACAUCAUCAUCACCGUGAUUCGUCAUCCGUCUUCCUACAGCGUUCACCCGGUUCCGACGUGACCGACUCGCGAAGUUUCCCGCAACACUCGUCCCAGCACACCACACCGACGACGCAGAAGAAGAAAGGUUUCUUCAAGAGCUUUUGGAAAAAGUCACGCCACUAUUCGCUGGAAAAGCAGUAAAGAGGUUUCGCGACUACGGGAACGAUGCGCGGGACAGCAACGAAAAGGAAAUGACAGGACGUGGUGGACGAGGUAAACUGUACCCUUUUUGACCCUUUUUACUGGCGGGGCUAGUGGCACACUGCUUUACAACGCCGCGGCGUAGUGUACGUGUCACCCCUCCAAACUCCCCCCCAAAGUCUCUCGCAACAGGCAACCGAGCUAACGUGCCCUGGGUAGGCGUUUAGUAGUGUGAGGUAAACAUUUAACGUGUAAGUGCAACUAGUUGCGAGUAGAACACACAAGCAAGCAAAUGAAAGAAAGAACUACUAGAAUAUACAUUUUAACAAACAACAACAUUGAAACCUUCCCACACAAACACACACACACAAACUCAAAACCUUAGACGAAACAAUGGAAACGAAAGGAGAUUGUAAAGCGAAAGGUUCUGUCAAACUUUCUUUUGAAGGCAGAAGGAAAAACAACAUCACCCUCCCGAAUGUCCUGUCCCAGUUCCGCGGAAUGUUGUUGAUUGGGCAGCAGUUAACGUGUUCAUUCGCCAUUUUGGGUUUUGUCGGUGUUUUGUUAUCUGAAACAGUGAGAAAAAACACUUCAAAUAUUACGCAAAAGAAAACAGAGAAAGAACGCAUAAGAAAUACAGUUUAAUAUGAAUUUGCAUAGUGCGUUUACGUGUGCGUGUGAGUGAGUGUUGAUCGAAAUGAUUUAGAAUAGUUGGAAAGUGGAUUGUGAAAAGGAAGCAUUGAUGUCGGUCCUAUUGAUAGAAGUGGAUAAAAAAAAGAGUUAGCAAGUAAUAGGCAAAAAGAAAGAAAACAAAAAAGGCUACUUUUGAAAAAAAGAAGCGAUAAGCGAGAAGCAAAAAACCACGUAGUAGAAAAAACGCAAAGGAAACAAGAAAAGAUAUUAAUCAAACAGGCAAAUAAGGCAUACGAAGCAAGAAAGUAAAACAAUGAAAACGGUAACGUAAAGUGGUAAAUAGAUGAAAACAAGAUGAUAACAUUGAUUGUUCCCUACUCUAACCUAAGUACAGUUAAGGGAAAUUCGGAAAAUAGCACAAAAGCAGGAAAAUACAGGAUUUGGCGUAGAAUGUCCGGAUCGUUGCGUGCACAACACUUCAAAUCUAUCUGUUUGUUGUUUUUCAGAAGAAAUAGGAAAAUGGAUGCGAUAAGUUUGAAGGUGAGAAAAGUCAUGUAAAGUUUGUGAAGACAGAGGAUUAAUUUUUGUUAUUUUUCUACUUUGUUUUGGUUUCCUUUUUCCUUCUUUUUUCGAUCGGAUAGGUCGAUCUGCUCUUCUUGAUAACGUUGUAAACUUUGUCCCAGUCUUUUGUAAUUAUUAAAACCACUACUACCGAAACAAUGGUAAGUGGUUUGCUUAGGGUUUAUAUGUAUUUUACAUUGUACAGACUGUUAUGAAAUGUGUUAUAUUUAAGAGUUAAGAUUUUUGUUUUGCUAUUUUCGUUUUAGUUUAUUAUCUUUUUAUUGUUUUGUUUCGAUCCAAAUUGAAUCUCAUCUUUAGUGGUUUUUGUUUGUUAUCUUUCCUUCUUUUGGGUGUUUCCUUUACACUUUUGUGAGAUGAUGAGUUGAUGAUGCUUAUGUUAUUGAAAACAGUUAUUAGAAGAAGAAAAGAUUUCGAACUCGUAACAAAGAAAAGAAGCACAACACAUCUCCCAAGUUGUCCCUCAGAAAAAGAAAGCCACAAUUUUAUCAGCACCUAUUCGGUAACGUAAACAUUAAACUAAAUCUUAAAACAAAGUUGGUAACAAGACGAAAUGAAAAAAAAAACACAAAACCAGUGAAUGCUGCUAUUGCACACACACACACACUCGAUACGAAACCAUCACACAUUCAAAAAAAAAACCAACACAACAAAAUCACACAAUAACACAUACCUGUUGCCGAAGCGGUAUAUCCUUUUAGAGAAGAGAGCGAACAACAACAACAAAAACAUAAACAGAAUAAACAAAACUAACACACACAAAAACGCUUUCAAAGUAACGUCAAAGUUAGACAUUGAUGCGGUAAGUGAGAUGCGCGGUAAAUAGAGCAAAACACAAAUAAAAGUUAAACAAUAACAUAACAUAAAACUUGUAACAAAGGGAAAGAUUUGCGAAAUAGGAUGCGAAAAAAAAACAGCAACAACAAACAAAACUGAUAAUGUUAAUUAAUAACGCGCGAAACGCAAAUGAACCAACCAAACCAAACCAAACUAAACCAAUCUUAAAAAAAAUUACAAAACAAAGCACUGCGUAAAACGAAUCGGAAUCUCACCCUCUCCCUUCCCAUUCCCGCUCAGUCCAACAUUAUGUGACCGGGGGUAACAGAGAGAAACGCAAGAAGAAGUAAACGGAAGCACACACACAAACAGGAAAACAAAAUCCCCAAAACAGCAAACAGAAAUGUAACUCACAUUUUGCUUACAUUUGUAUCGAAAAAAUAAAAACAAAAAACAAAAUAAAAACAGUUAGCGUAAAUAAAGAAUCACAACUCUAGU